UUAUUAACCUUUACACCUUUCCAUGAUACCUUCAUGUAGAUGACGUACUGUGACUUCCUGAUGUACGAACACCUGGACCAGCACCGCGUACUGGAACCCACGUGUCUCAACGGCUUCAAGAACCUCGAGGACUUCAUGGAUCGGUUUGAGGCUCUUCCCAGCAUUGCAGCCUACCUGAAGUCUGACCGCUUCUAUGUCCAUCCCAUCUGUAACCGCCGCGCAAAGUUCAGCAACGAGCCGAACUACGGCGCAUCCGACCACAUCAAAAAUUAGUUUCUAUUUUGUGCUAUUUUAAUAGUUGCCAAAGUAUGCAAUAGCUGUACCCAAAUAUUCCACCGAUAAGAACAAAACUGUGGAGCAAACCUGACUGUGUGUAGCUUAAAUUAUCUUUUAAUUUCACUUUAUGUCAGAUAAAUAUUUGAAAAUCUUUCAUUGAUUUAAGGUCCAUGGAUGGCUUUAUCAAUAUGGUAAGCCACUGUUUUAUUUAAGAUCGACGUUUCGGCCUGUCACCUUUCUCUUGGCAAUACCGACUGAUACUAAUACGUACUGCAGCUAGCUAGGUAUCGCUGCUAGCAGAUGCGGUUCCAAAUGUAAAAUUGUAAACACUGCAUUGUAAACACGUCAGCAAGGGCAAGAAAUAAACUGCAUAGAUAUGAUAUGUGUAAAUAUGCAAAUAUUACGUUUGGGACCGCAUCUCUCAACAGCAACACCUAUCUGCAGUGCAUAAUAGAACCCGUCAGCUAGUAUUUGUAUUGAAUUGAGCACCUUUGUUGUGUACUAAGAACUUUGCGAUCAAUUGGCUCUAUGCACUAUAUCUUAAGAAUCCUUGCAGAAUCCAAGUAAUUUGAUGUCUCCUUGAUUAUGUAGCCUUUGCAGCAAGUGAGAUUCGUCUUCCACCGUAUACUGUCUAUUUCGGAAAUGUAAGGGUUUGACUUGGUUGUAAUGGAAGUCUUUGCCAGACGUGGUGUUCCCAUAGAGAGAGACGGAAUCACAGAAGGACAGAGCGAGUAGGACCGACAUCAGAGCAGCGGACGGAGGCUCUUGUAGUCUGAUGUUGAACCUUCGCAAUAUCCUAAGGGCAAACAAAUAAUGAUCUCGCAUUAAAAACAGUUAGCAUAA